UGUGCAAUGGCCUUUCGCCAUGUUGUCCUGUUUAUUUUGGAAGACUGAGGUCAUAGUACACUGACAAUGUGCAGCAUAUAGGGUGAAUACGCACUUAAUUAGAUGAACAGUUUCUCAUAGUAUUUCUGGACAAUUUUGAUCGAAAUGGUGAAAGAAAUUCUUACUCAAACACAAUUACGAAAUUUAAAAGAUCAUAAAUAUAGUGCCACGGGACAGUCGCUUAUUGAACCGUAUUUUCAAGUUUAUUGGCGAUGGUUGAUUGAACAGAUUCCCAAGACAUGGGCACCUAACAGCAUCACACUGCUUGGACUAAUCAUCAAUGCUGUGACCACUCUUCUUUUAAUUUUAUGCUCGCCGGACGGCGUAACAGAGGCUCCCCGCUCGGUGUACCUCCUCUGUGCCCUGGGGGUGUUCAUCUACCAGUCCCUGGAUGCCAUCGAUGGGAAGCAGGCCCGCCGCACGGGGACCAACACCCCCCUCGGGGAACUGUUUGACCAUGGGUGUGAUUCUGUAUCCACAGUGUUUGUUGCGCUUGGAGUGUCCAUCAGUCUGGAGCUGGGUCGGAACGUCCACUGGAUGAUGUUCAAUAUCUUUCUGGGUAUCUUCCUGUUCUAUAUGGCUCACUGGCAGACCUAUGUAACUGGAACAUUACGAUUCUCACUAUUUGAUGUUACAGAGACCCAGGUUCUUAUCAUGUCAUUAUAUUUCUUCAAUUUUUUAUUUGGAUCUCAUAUAUGGAACUUCCAGGUUCCUGUUUUAGGGAUACCAUUACGCUUGGUUAUGAUAUAUUUAAGCCUUGCUCCUGCCUUUCUUCAGUUUUACAACAACAUAGGCAUCAUUUUAAAGGGCGGAACGGGCAAAAAUAAAUCCACUAUAGCAGGAACCAGCACAAUAUUUCCUGUAUUUCCAAUAGGAAUAGUGAUAACAUUAGCCGUAGUGAUAGCUCACAAGUCACCAUCUCAUUUAUUUGAAAAUUACCCCUGUCUCUACCUCCUUAGUUUUGGCUUAUUGGCAGCAAAAGUCAUCAACAGAUUGAUAGUAGCUCACAUGACAAAGAGUGAGAUGGACCUCCUGGAUUCUGGGAUUUUAGGACCACUUCUACUCUUCCUAAAUCAAUAUUUCAACUGUUUAAUAAAUGAAACUCUUGUCCUGUGGAUUUGCUUUUUUUACGUGUCUCAGGAUAUUUUGCGAUAUUGCAUAGCAGUGUGCCAACAAAUUUGUCAGUUUUUGGAGAUAUACUGUUUUGACAUUGUGACACCCUAUCCAGUGAAAAAGAGCUCCAAGCAAUCAUGAGAAAAAAAAAGUGAGCAGCAGCAAGGAAUUCUGGGAUGUGCAGAAGUAAAACAUGUCGGCAUUCAAACUAAAAACAUCGAACAGAUUAAGAUCAACUGAGGCAUCCAAGAGGACACAACUCAUACCGAUAUUUUUAGUUUUAAUGCGUGAAUGAGAGGGGCAAUCAUAUAUGGUGUUUUAAUUAUUUUUUAAGUAUGAAAGUGAUUUAUAUUAUUGGCCAGGGUUUAGCAGUAUUUUAUAUGCUUGUUCAUUAUCAUUUUUACUGAACUCUUUUUUUUUGGUCACUUGUAUAUGAGGUCAUUUUUAAAUCUAUUUUAAAAAAAUGCAUUUACAGAGUGUGUUAAAGUGCUUUAAAUUGUAAUAUAGGAUUGUAUUUGCUCAGAUAGAUUUAUAUGAAUCAUUUGUAUUAAAAAGGCAUUUGAUAAUACUUUAAUUUAUCUAGCAAAACAAAAAAAAUGUCUAACUCAUUAUCUUCCAGUAAAGGGAAUGUAUCAUGA